CUUUGACCUGGUUGUUGCAUUCCAUAGAGGCUUGUCCUGCAGCAGCACCACAGCCAGCCCUGCAUUCACAUUGCUUCUGUGCCACAGAAAGAACGAUGUGUGUUGAGCUAGUUUAGAUACAGUAGCGGCAAUUAGCAGAGCCUAGCAGACACCAGAGCAUCGUCCCGAGCUAACAGGAACGUCUUGUUUGGGUUCUAUACAUAGUUAACCCAGAUCAGAGUUAGCCAUUUUGCUAAGCAGCUAAAUCGCCAUCGUACGGAGGUUGCUUUGUAGACACACAGCAGGCUAGCCGCAGACACCAGCGCAGAGGAAAUGAAGGACAAACAAAAGAGAAAGAAGGAGCGGACCUGGGCUGAGGCUGCUCGCAUGGUUUUGGAGAACUUCUCUGAUGCACCCAUGACUCCCAAACAAAUCCUCCACGUCAUCCAGACCAAGGGGCUGAAGGAAAUGCGGAGUGGUACAGCUCCUCUGGCCUGCCUGGUCACCAUGCUGCACUCCCAGGUGAGGGGAGACAGAGUCAAGAAUAGCAUAUUCUUCAAGCUGCCUGGACGGAUGAGCCUGUUCACUCUCAAGAAAAACGCCCUCCAGUGGACAAAGACAACAUCAGAGUCGGAGACACCAACAGAGCUGGCCGGCGGUACCGCCACCCCAGCUUCCAGCAGCAGCACCCCUGCAGCGGGUUCAGCUGUGGGCUCAGUCGGGCCCACUGAAGCCACUGAGCAGGAGAGCUGCGACUCCACCGAAACCACCGCUGCUGCCAGCGGUGACAACGACGCCUCGGUGGAUGAGAGCUCGUCCAGUGCCUCCUGCUCCACGGAGCUACAGGCUCCCAGCACCCAGCCUCAGACCCGCCUCAGCAGGGCAGCAGGACAGCAGGGACGCACAGACACACAGCAGACCCAACAUGCUCAACACGCACAGACCAGACUGAGCCGCUCAAGACAGUCAGGGAGACAGAGGAAGAAAGCCGUCAUGAUGCCUCGUGUUGUCCUCACCCCUCUUAAAGUGAAUGGAGAGCAUGUCCCUUCAGGGCCCAUGAAAAGGAGUCGAGGAGGGGUGGAUGUAGACUUUGAAACACCAGGCUCCAUCCUGGUCAACACCAACAUCAGAGCACUCAUCAAUGUGCGGACCUUCUCAGCCUUCCCCACACACUCACAGCAGCAGCUGCUACAGCUGCUGCCAGAAGUGGACCGCCAGAUUGGACCUGAUGGUAUGGCCAGACUGAGUAGUUCAGCUCUCAACAAUGAGUUCUUCACUCACGCCUCCCAGAGCUGGAAAGAGAGGCUGGCUGAGGGUGAGUUCACCCAUGAGAUGCAAGUGCGUUUCCGGCAGGAAAUGGAGAAAGAGAAGAAGGUAGAGGCGUGGAAAGAAAAGUUUUUUGAAGAGUACCAUGGGCAAAAGUCUGGCCUGACACAAGAGGAGUCCCUAAAGCUUACCAUGAGUGAGGCCAGUGAAGUUGCAGCCAGUGUUCUGGAAAGUGAUGUGGCUGUGGUUGCUACUGGUGCCCCCAAGAGACGAAGUGUGGGUCGGCGGAGGAGAGAUGGCAGGAUGAGGAGACGCACAAGGGCUGACCUGCGUCGCAGGGCCCGUCGGACCCUCUGCAAGGCCACUCCUCCGGCCUUGCAGUCUGCAGAAGCAACUGAGGCCAGCGCUGCACUGGACAUCUCAGCAGUCUCUGUUGGCUCUCCUAUGUCCGACAACACAGUGGUUCAAGCCGAGGUGGUUCUGCAGGCUGAGUGUGGCGUGGAGCUUCCAGCUGAGAGUGCCUCUAUGGAGCCAAAGCCCUCUCCCACUCCAGAGCCAGUCACAAUGCCAGCCCCCACUCCCACUCCCACUCCCACUCCGACUCCACUCCGACUCCGACUCCACUCCACUCCGACUCCCACUCCCACUCCCACUCCCAGCCCCAGCCCCAGCCCAGCCUCCACCAGCGCAAAUGAAGAGCCUGAAGUUACAGUCCGCCUGCUCCCAGAAGAGGCAGCACCUGUACUGGCUUCCACCUCCUCCCCUUCCUCCUCCUCCUCUUCUUCUUCGUCUGCCUCCUCUCCCGCCUCCUCACCCUCUUCACCUUCUGAUAGACAGGGAGCUUUUGCUGCAGGCCUGGACUCCUCGUCAUCCUCCUCAGCAUCCUCCAGUGCCGCAGUUGCAGCUGAUCCCCUGGAUGACACCGCCUCUGUGGUCACCUCGAUCACAGGGGGCACUGCCACCAGCAGCCGUGAGAGCAGCCCCUCAGCAAGCCCAGCCACCACUCCUGUACCCAGCUCCCAGCUCAAGGAGCAGAAGAGAAGGCCCGAUGAGGCUCAGGCCUUCUCCAGUUUCCCCGAAAAGAGGCCACGGCUUGACGACCGUCAGUCCUUUCGUACCACAAUUGACAGUGUCCGUUCGGAGAAGCCGCAGCCGACAACAGAAGAGCCCAAGGUGCCGCCUAUCCGGAUUCAACUGUCCAGAAUCAAACCUCCCUGGGUCAAAGGGCACCCCACCUACCAAAUCUGCCCCCGGAUCGUGCCCCCCGGCGAGGGCUCGCGGCGGUCGGGGACGGGGGGCGCGCGCACCCUGGCGGACAUCAAAGCCCGCGCCCAGCAAGCCCGCGCCCAACGCGAGGCCGCUGCUGCUGUUGCAGCCACUAGCGACCGGGCAGGGCCGGUCGGGGUCAGGCUGCGGCCUGCUGCUGGGCUACCGGAUAGCAGCAAUGGACGAAGAGCGCGAGAGCAUCCAGGACCUAUCGAGCCCGGAGGAGGAGGAGGAGGAGGAAGUGGAAGAAGGGGAGGUGGUGGGAUGGAGGAGCAGGGAUCGUCUUCAGGCGCUCAUUCGUCUGGAACACAACUACAGCUUCUCAAUGUAGAGCCCAUGCCCCAGCCCUCCCCCUCACUGUCCACUACCUCAACCUCCACGUCCUUGGAGCCCCCACAGACCCCAAGCCCGCCUUUAGAGGAAGCAUCUGGAGGGCCAGAGGCUGAAGAGGAAAUCGAAGAAACAUCAGCCAGUGUCCUGAGCUCCUCCAAUGGGCUCACAGACAAGGCUGCUGACUCGCCCUCUCCAAAGCAUGACAAUGUAUCAGAGUCUUUGGCUGCCCAGUCUACCAGGCAGAGCCAGGUGCCGGAGUCUGCUGUUGUUCCCACUGAGAGGGCAGGCCAGCGCUGUGAAAAACCCUCACUGGCCCCAACCUCCAUCCCAGAUUCCCUUCCCAGGUUCGGAGCUCAGGGGGUGGACGUUAUUCAGACGCUGGCCAGCUCCUGUCAGCCCAGAGAGCAGGUUCAAGGGAAGGAGGCUGGACUGGGCGGUGUUAUCCAGCAUGGUUCCCACCACAUGGACGCCCAGGAAGUAUUGUCUCAUUCAACUGCAGAGAGACGAAAAACAGACACACCCUCUUCCCAACACGUGGACUUCUCUGGCAGAGAGAAAGAAUAUGAGGCUGGAACACAUAGCGACUCCACGGAAACCGCUUCGGACUGUGAGAAUGAGAGCCAAGAGGACGAGCAGCAGGCUGACCGGGACUGGUGCACCCAGCUGAGCGCCCAGAGAAACGGCCAGCUGGUUAUCCGCAGCCCCCAUCCUCAGAACCAGCAGCCAGUAAUCCAGGCACACGUGUCCAGCCGCCAAGGUCAGACUGUCAUUCAGCCUUGCUUCCCCAAUGGCUUGCCUCACCCUCAGCACAGCCGCCCCCAUUCCCAAGAACACCCCACAGUCCACCCACGGGGGCUCAGGGACACCAAUAUUGUGGUCAAAAUGGAGCCUGGAGAUGAUUGUAGAGUCUCCAGACAAAGCUCUGCUGAAGAGGAAUGCCGUGGAGGUUUAAAGCCCUCUGUCACUAACCCAACUGCUGCAGCUGCCUCCAAGAGACUGGCCACCUCAGCCAGACCAGUAUCCAGUGUGGAAGCCAACAACCCUUUGGUCACUCAGCUCUUACAGGGCAGCCUGCCCCUGGAGAAAGUUCUGCCCUCACACGCCAACAGACUGGAAAUCAGCCGAUUGCCAGGACCCCAAUCCAGACCACCAGUGGCGAGGACCCCAGGUCCACGCGGCAGGCCUGAGGUCUCAACCCAGUCUCCUAGCCCAGAAUUGACUGCAGCCUCUCACAUCCACAACAAGUCUCCAACAGGCCGCCCAGUCUCCUGUGUGAUGGAUUCCUCCGCUGUGUCGCAGUAUCAGUCCCAGCAGGCCCCCGGGGCUGUCCCGGUCAUCACCUCUCUGCCACCCUCCUCAUCCUCCUCCACUUCUUUAACCAACAGAAGUAAGUCAGACCUAAGCUCUCACACCGUUGUGGAGUCUGCAGUUAUCAAAGACUCUCAUGGUCCUCAGUCCUCACAGGGGGCCACUCCAGACAGGCUGCAGCCAUCCCACCAGACCAUGCCUAAUGGCCCCUCUCCUCCCCAUGCAGACCCCUGUCCCACGGAGGUGGUACCCACUAUUAAGAUCAACUGGAGGCCCCCCCAGUCUCAGCUCCCCCACCCUUACCAACAGCAGUCAUCUCCUGCACCCACCGUGAAGAAUGAAGUGGGUGCACGGCCCUCCUGCCAGGCUCUUGCCAAAUCCUCCCCCACUAAACCUAUGAGUGUUACCAAAAAGGAGCCUGGGAACUCUGUGGACAGCUACCUGAGCGGAGGGGCGAUGGAGGGACUCCUCAACAUGGAGAUGACUUUAGCCAGGAUGGCGAAGAAGGAGCAUGGCAAAGGGCUCUACUCCUCUGGCUCUCCCUCCUCCUCCUCCCCUUCCCCCUCCUCGUCUGUCUCCUCCCUCCCCUUCCAGCUAUACGGGAAGCUCCCCAAGCAAGGUGGAGGAGUAAGCUACACAGCCAAUGUGUCAGUGAUGGACAACGGCGGUUUCUCCCGGAGCAUGGCAGACGGCGUUCUCCAGCUGCGCCCCCGCCUGGCCUCCAGCCAGGCCACCCUCAGCAUCCAGGCCUUUACUGACAGUACGGCCGAGGAGGUGGCACUCAAGUGCUCAUGCCGCCUCAAAGCCAUGAUCAUGUGCCAAGGCUGCGGUGCCUUCUGCCAUGACGAUUGCAUCGGGCCCUCCAAACUGUGCGUGUCAUGUCUGGUGGUCAGAUAGUAUGUUGAAGUCCCUGUGCACUGUAGAACUGCUAUCUGUACAGUAUCAGCAGCAGGACGGGGGGGCUCCAGAUAGUACUGAAGGGUAGAACACACAGGAGGAGCCUAACAGGCAAGAUUUGCCAUGUACAAUAUUAUUGGUCUGUAUUUUUUGUUGUUGCAGAUUUUCAGAUUUUUUUUUAGCUGUACUGAUAUAUUAUUAUUAUUGUUAUUGUUGUUAUUAUUAUUAUUAUUAUUAUUAUUAUUAUUGUUAUUAUUGUGAAUUUGGGGCAUGAUUGAUUGUAAAUUGUGCCUUUUUUGUUUUCUCUCCUCAAAAACAUUUACCUCAUCUUAUCUUGCUCCACCUGUCAUCAUGUGGUGGCCAUCAUUGUUUUGGUCCCUCGUUUCCUCAGCAAACAGGGACUUAUUGUUGUCUCUUUGCGCAAAGAAGUAUUUUUUUAACCAUUAAAAUUAGUAAAUUACA